UUUAAUUUAGUUUGACGAGAGUUAAAAGGGGCAAACGGCGGCUGAGCACUUAAUACUCUCUCAUUUUGCUUUUCGCAGUUUGUUUACAUUACAUACAAAAUCAUAAUCAGCAAAUUAUACUUCCGCCGCAACAAUCUUGAGCCAGCCGUGACAUCAUAUAGAAAUCUGGCGGACUCUUUGGGCAUGUCCUAUGUACCUCGUUUUCAAAAUGCGUACAAACUGCUUGAUAAAAUCUCCAAAAGACGCUCAUUUUUUCAAACCUCAAUGAACUGCCUAUAUCACAUUUCUUCCCAUCGAAGAAACUCAAAGUCCGCUGUCCCAGUUUAUUCUUUUGACCUAAGCGAAUAUACAAUAUCUUGGACGUCAAAAAUAUCAAGUAUGUUAAGGAAAAAUCGACCUCAGGAGGCCAUUGGUUUGUUCAAAACAAUGCUUAUGAACAAUCAAAGACCGAAUUUUGUGACAAUGUUAAGCGUGAUUAAAGUGAUUGGCGAAAUGGGUUUGAGAGAUAUGGUUCGUGUUAUUCAUGGGUUUGCAGUAAAAAUGGGGUUUGUGGAAGUAUUGGUUGUCACGGCACUUGUUGGUGUUUACUCGGCUUGGGAUAUGAGGAUUGCGUGGAAACUGUUUGAAGAAACACCUAAUAAAGAUGUCGUCUUGUGGAGCGCAAUGGUUUCGGCUUGUGUGACGAAUGGGGACUAUGUUGAAGCGUUUGAGUUAUUCAAGAAAAUGCAGUUUUGGGGUCUGCAGCCGAACCUUGUGACCGUUGUUAGUAUACUACCGGCCUGUGCUGAUCUUGGUGUUAUGACAUUUGGAAAAGAACUACAUGGUUUUUCCAUUAAGAGAGUAAUUUAUUCUCAUACGAAUUUGCAGAAUUCGCUUGUGGACAUGUAUGCCAAGUGUGGGAAUUUGAAGGCAUCAUUUCUGAUUUUUAAUAGGAUGCUUAAGAAAGAUAUUGUCUCAUGGAGGAGUAUAAUUCACGCGUGCCUGGAAAAUGAGUGUCCGGAAAAAGCAUUGUUUGUCUUCUCCAAAAUGCGAUCUUAUACCUCUGAAAUGGAUGGAUGUAUUAUGCGAAAAGUGAUUGGAGCAUCUUCACAAUUGGAUGAGCAUCUUAUUGGGCAAGGACUUCAUGGCCUUGUAUUGAAAAUGGGUUAUAUUGCAUCUGUUUCCAUGGUGACUGCACUUCUUCAAGUUUAUGCCAGCUUUGGGAGUGUUGGAUCAGCUACGGUGUUGUUUGAUCAGCUCAACCAGAAAGAUGUUGUUGCCUGGAGUGUGAUGAUAGCGGCAUAUGUUCAAGGUAGACUCGCUGGUGAUGCUUUUGAUACAUCGAGACAGAUGCAAUUGGCUGACCAAAAGCCUAAUGAGGCCAUUUAUGUUAGUUUAUUACGAGCUUGUUCUUUAAUGGCUGCUCAAGAGAUUGGAGAAAGUAUACAUGCACACUUAACUAAAGCUGGGUACUUGUCUAAUACAUUUUUGACUUCGGCAUUGAUUGAUAUGUACUGCAAAUUUGGAAGAGUGAGGCAAGGGAAGGCUAUUUUUGAUGAAAAUCACUUAAAAGAUUUUAUAUGUUGGAGUUCAAUGAUCAACGGCUACGGGAUUAAUGGCUGUGGUGAUGAGGUUCUUGAGUGUUUUGCAAACAUGUUGUCUUGCGGGAUUGAGCCUAACGAUGUUGUUUUUAUAUCUGUUCUGUCUGCGUGCAGUCACUGUGGCCUUGAAUAUGAGGGAUGGAACUGGUUUAAUGCUAUGGAAGAGAUAUAUGGUAUUACCCCAAAACUUGCACAUUAUGCUUGCAUGGUUGACAUGCUUAGCCGUCAAGGCAAUAUAGAAGAGGCUCUUGAAUUUGUGAAUGAUAUUCCCGUUAAGCCUGAUAAACGCAUAUGGGGAGCUCUUCUUGCUGGCAGCAGAAAAGCUCAUGGAUCUGUUGACAUUUCAGAAUCUAUUGCCAAACAGAUCAUUAAUUCAGAUCCUAAAAAUACCAGCUAUUAUGUGAGUCUCUCCAACUUAUAUGCAGAACAGGCUAGAUGGGAUGAGGUUGAAAAGUUGAGAAGAUUGAUAAACCAGGAGGAAUUUAAAAAAGAGAUGGGUUAUAGCAUGAUAUGAGCUAAAUGCUAAUUAUAAACUAUCAAUAUUAACUUGUUGAUCGAGGCCUCAAUUUCAUCACCCGACUGUCGGUGCAUAGAAGUAAUGAGAUUCUGGUAUCUUAAGCGGGCUGAUAUGAACCAAAGAGGCCUUCCCCAUCCAAAAGAGGAAAACCGCCUAAACUUUUGAAAUCUCAUGUGGUCAGCUCACUUGUUGGCAUGUGCAGCCAUUUGUAAACAAAGUUCGAGCAUUUGCCAUCCUCCCAAAGUUUUGCAAGAUAAUCCCAGCUUAUUUUGUUCGAAACUCCAUAUCCGUCUUUCUCAUGAUCGUCCAUGGAGGGUCUAGCAAUUGCCAGCCAGCUCAGUUCCUAGUAGUGUCCAGAAAAUGGUGGAUCAAGCAUCGUGUUCAAGUUCACUACUUGAAGCAGUGUACAUCUUGUUGGCAUCAGAUAAUUUUGAUUUGAGUGUAUGCAUGUGCCUAAUCACAUUCACACGUUCCAUUAAUGUGGCCAGUAAAUCUAAAGAUUUGUGACAAUUUUGGCGAGAAUGGAGCUUCUGAUACAUCUAUACAAAGAGAUGACAGCAAAAUUGACAUGCAUGGAGAAGUGCAAAAAUAUGCCUUUUUCUACUGUAUUUGGUGUCGCUCAGGAUUGGACAGAAGCCUGAGGAUCACAAACUAGACACUGUAGCAGAUAAUUCCGAACCAGAUGUAGCAUAUGCGAAGAAGUGACUUCCCUUCUCCGACUCUUACUUUCCAACCUGAGAACGAAUAGCUUAUGCCUUCUACUUCUGGAACGGGGUUCUAUUGUCUGUUAUUGACCUCUGGAUGCCAACAGGAUGAUAUUGUGGUUCCUAUGAAGUGGAGAUAAUGGGGUCAAUAAAAGGAUUUUUUUUUUUUCCUUUUCUUUUGCCACAUUUUGUCAAAUGGAUUGAAGGGAGAUAGUACGGAUCAUCAGGUUGGUUGGAAUUUUAUCACAUUCCAUGGCAGCAAAGCUGCCUACACAAAAGAGGCAUAUCGAGCUGCAAAUCGCAAGUUUCAAUAAAUAUGGAUAUGGAACCACAUAGCCAUCAUUCUCCUUCUCUGCCUAACUCUUAUCUACAUCUUACAAGAGCACACAACUUGCCAUGAAUGGGAUCAGCCUGUAUUGGUGCACAUUUUAAAAUUCUUUUGGAGGAUUUCUUUACUGUUUUUUCAUGUAAAAGCAUUGAUUUUGAUGAAUGUAUAGAGCAAACAUUUAUGUGAUGGAAUAUACACAAUUAACGAA